AUGGAAGAGGAUUAUCAAAUAAUUAACAAUGUUGUGGAAUUAAACUUGACUAAUAUGUUGUUGAAGGACUUGAAUGAACUAUUAAACCUGCACGGUAAAAAAAUUGAAGAUUAUGAUCUCCCAUCUUUACCCCCUAAUACAAUAGACAGAGAUGCAAUUCCUAGUAUCAUACAAGAGGAGUUAGCGAUCAAUAUCCCCAAUCAAGAUAUUGAAUAUGUUGCUAAGUUAAAUAAUGAUCAAAUGAUUGCAUUCAAAACCAUUAUGAAUGUAAUUGUUCAAAAACACACAUCUGCAUCAUCUGGUAUAGCUAGGACAUUGUUACCCGGUGGUAGGACUGCACACUCUCGAUUUAAGAUACCUAUUGAUAUACAACCGAGUUCCAUUUAUGGUAUUCAAAAGCAAAAAGAUAUUGCAAAUCUCAUUAGAGUUGCUACCGCAAUAAUUUGGGAUGAAACACCAAUGACAAACAAAAAUUAUUUGGAAGCCUUAGAUCGAUCAUUACAAGACAUUUGUAGCAAUAAUGCUCAAUUUGGUGGAAAAGUUCUGAUCAUGGGGGGAGAUUUUUGUCAAGUUCUUCCUGUUUUAAGAAAAGCCAAACUAGAACAUGGUGAAAUCUUUCAGUUAUGUAAGGAGUUGAGACGAAAGAAUGUUGAAACUUGCUUCGACAUAAAAAUAGCAGACUUUGAAGAUAAAUGGAACACAUGGAAGGAUGAACAAAGUAUUUCAUCAAUCGGCAAACUCGACAAUAAGUUUUUUAAAUCUCAAGAGUGCAUUGAUAAAGGGAUGUACGAAGAAUUGAUUUGA